AUGUCAGCAAACGUGACAGCAACCAUGAAUGGAACACAGUCCAUGUCGAGCUGCUUCAACCCCACAGCGACAAGAAUUGGUGAAACCUUUUCCUGCUAUCUGCUAUUUGUUGUGUCGCUGGCUGGAAAUAUCCUCAUUGGAAUUAUUGUCUACAAGGAGAAAGCUCUGAGAACACCAAUCAACAUUUUGAUUGUAAACAUGGCAAUUUCCGAUCUGUUGUUCUCGAUUAUCAUUUUUCCUGCACUUUUUGUAAGGUUAAACACAGCCAGCCACUGGCUGCUCAGCGGUCCAUUUGGCCAAGCGUUGUGUAGGUUAAAGUAUUUCGUUAUUGCUGUCUCCAUUGCUGUGUCCAUUCAGAUCCUAGUUCUCAUAGCAGUGGAUCGAUUUGUAGCUGUGGUAUUUCCUCUCCGUCCCUCACUGAUCAGUUCAAAGCGAUGCAGGCUCUUCAUUCUCGUAAUUUGGGUCGUCGCCAUGGCAGUCUCUUGCCCACAAUUGUUUACGUGGAAAGUUGACGAGUAUGCAGAAGGACUGGUUUGUCAGCUGGGGUUGAACGACAAAUUUAGAGAGUCCUCAUGGAUUAAAAACUACACUGUGGUAACGAUCAAUGUAUUCACCUAUGUCCCUUUGGUUUUGAUUGCCAUACUUUACUUUUCCAUUGCCGUAAGAAUUAAAUCGCAGCAGAUUCCAGGUGAGCCUUCAGUAAACGCAAGAAAACAGCGCUUGAAGAGAGAAAGAAGUGUUCUGAAGAUGUCCGUCGCCAUCGUGUUCGUUUUUGCAGUAUGUUGGCUGCCAUUCAGUAUCGUUGUCUUCUUACUCUUGUUUUCAUCAGACAGCGCCAUGAUGUCAUCUUGUGCCUUCCAAUACUCUACACAUAUUGCCUUUUUUCUGGCUGCAUCAUACUGCGCUGUAAACCCUUUAAUCUGUUUCAUAUUCAGCGGUUAUUAUCGUCAGGGUCUUAAGAACCUCCUCGGCUGUUUCUCUACUAAUAGAGCUGCCCAGACAUAGUUGUUGCCCCAAUCUUUUGCAUAUUAUUCAGCGUUAUUCGAGGAAUAAUAUUUGUUUCCCAUGCCAACAGUUGAUUGCGCACAUUUUCAAUCUUUGUUUUUGUUUUUCUAACUUGUAAGGUCAAACCUUUUUGAAAACUGUUGUGUUUAGCAUAUCAUAUCGAAAAUAACAGUCAAGCUCUUACGAACAUCGCUUUAUUGCAUCCAAAAUGUUUGAAGUAGCACUCAGUGAAAUUCAGUUAAUAAAUAGAAGAGAGUAUUACGAUUUUUCCUUUUUUCCUCGCUUAUCUAUUUUCAGCUGCACAUGAAAAAGGACAACGUAUUUACCGAGAUUAACUGCGAUCUCUAUAGGAUACGUUAAAUCCAGUUGUUUCCCAAAACUUGUAAAUAAUAUUCAUUUAGUACAUUUACGUUAGUUUACCUUAAAGCAAGAGAAACUUUGUUCAACGGUUCAAACCGUCUUUUGAACUCUGACUUAAGGAUUUCGGUUGUAUUGUGUACAGUUUGCGGUUAUUAAAGUUUUACACUCUUCGUGUAAAAUAGAGAGGUUUCCAAUCAAUAUGCAAUGGAAAAAGAUAAAGUAAAAUCCACUUGACAUCUAAUAUUACAAAUAAAUAUUAUCAAGAAAGCAAUGGAAACUGGUUCUGCUUCUGCUUCAGCUUCAGAUUAUUUGUCAUCACGGUCAUUCCUUUUUAUGGAAAAUUAGAGUUUUGGGGAAAAAAACCCUAAUGGAUCAAAAAUUGCCUCUCUUCCUGAAUUCUAACGAAUACUGAGUUAACUUUAAAAACCUUUAGUCAUAUCUCUUUUCAUUUAGAGUAAAUGUUACAGAGUCCAUUAGGAGGUCAAUUUCACAUGAAAAAACCGAACUUUUGACAUUCUUCUGGGAGGGACAAACCCUGGAGAAGAAGAGGGCGACCUAAUGAUGAGGACUGUAACUAAAAGUACGUAUGAGAGUAAGCAAAGUGCAGGCUCAGAACUUGUCUGACUCCUGUGAGCCUCAUAACGGGGAGAGGGCCUAAAAAGCAUCUGCAUAUUUUACUGCGCAUGUCGAAGUUGCUUGGGCUCAUAAUGGAAACCGUGUAGAGGGUAGCAAAGCUGUCUGACUCUUGUGAGUCUCAUAUUUACCGUGCAGAAAUAUAUCAAUAGGUGUGAUCUGCUUAUCGUGGAAACUUUGAAAAGAGAACAUUUUACCGUUUCAAUGAGCGACAUAUGCCCAAAAGAGCCGCUAAAUUACAGGGUGACCCUAUUCAAUGGAAUGAUAGAACGCUGGAACCGUGAACGGUAGAACGGCGGAAUAGUUGAAUGGCGGAAUAUCCCAAAACCCGUCUUAAGAAGUGGAAUAGCGGAAUAUCCCAAAACGCGGAAUGCCUUGCUGUAUGAAACAAAAGUCUCACAAAAUAGAAUUGUGAUGAAAUACGAAAAUAAUUCAGAGAGCAUUACAUGAAACACUUAUGAAAGGCUGUUUCGAAAAAGCAAAUACAUCGCAGAACUAGCUACUUAGCAUAAAAUGAGCGAAACGAUUUGAUUCAAAAACUAUUACAUGCCUAACCUAUUCUGAAUAACAGCUGGCAAUCUGUCGGGUUUUAAUUGAUGUUUUGGUGCGAAUUGUUAUUUUUGGGUGUAUAGGGUAGGAGGAUUAUCGCAGAUUGAAAAUCAAACAAAAUAAAUAUAAGCAUCUGUAAGAUAUCCUUGCAUCUAAAUUAGGGAACCUAUUUUUCUGUGUCUCCAAUUUUGGUUACAAUUGUAAAAAUUGUUGUUGAAGUACAAAAGUUCGAAUUUUGCAUCGAACAGUUAAAGUACAAAUUAAGUGUAAAUUUUUUACUAUUUUUUCGUAAUAAAAGAAUAGGUGGCUUCUAGAGUUAGAGAGCAGCUUGCUGAAGACGACACUGAUCCUACAGUUCCAAGAAUGUCGGCAAAUGUUAGUGCGACGGUGAAUGGAACACCGGUAACACUGAACUGCUUGGAUCUAGAUGUAAAGAGGAUUGGUAAAACCUUUUUUUGCGGCCUGUUACUUGUUUUCUCAGUGUCUGGAAGUUUUUUCAUCGCAAUAAUUGUCCACAAAACUAGAUCCAUGAGAAAGCUUAUCAACUUUUUCGUGGUAAAUAUGGCCAUAUCCGAUCUUCUGUUUUUCCUUUUUUACAACAAACAACACAAACGCUCGGCUCCUGGUUGA